CUUUGAAAUAUGAGUAAAAAAAAUAAAACCCAAAUUCCGGUAGAAUCUAAAUCCAACAAUCAUGAAAAUUGCUACAACGAAAAAGACUACAAGCCAUGGUGUAAAGAUUGUGUACCUUGUUGCAUAACUAAAGGAUGGACCAGCGAAAAUCAUGAAAUUGAUGAAUUUAUUAAGGAUACGAUAUAUGAUGCGGGAUUACGUUAUACUGAUGAUGAAAUAUAUUAUCCAAAAUUUCUUGAAUGGGUACCAUAUGAUAGAUUUAAAGAUAUAAAACAAAUUGGUGAAGGUGGAUUCGCCAAAGUAUAUUCUGCAACAUGGAUUGAUGGUCAAGCAAAAUAUAAAAGACAGGAUGAUAGAAGUUGGAAAAAAUUAGAUCCUGAACCUUUAAAAGUUGCUUUAAAAAAGUUGAAUGAAUCACAGAAUAUGUCAGAUGAAUGUUUAAAUGAGCUUAAAACACAUUGGAAAUUAAAUAAAUUUUUUUCCUAUUUAUUAACAUUUUAUGGAAUGACUAAAGAUCCGGAAACUAAAGAAUUUAUUAUGAUUACACAAUUUGCAGAAAAAGGAAGUUUAAGAAGUUUUCUUUCAACUCAUUUCAAUAAAACUUUAUGGAAAGAUAAAUUAAAUUUAUUGUUUAAAUUAAUAUCAGACCUUGAACAUUUACAUAAUUUAGGGUAUUUUCAUAAAGAUUUUCACAGUGGAAAUAUAUUACAGAUUGAUGAUUGGUCUUAUAUUUCAGAUUUUGGAUUGUCUGGUUCUUCAAAUGAACCAAAAUCAGAUAAUAAAAUAUGUGGUGUAUUGCCAUAUAUUGCUCCAGAAGUUUUGGAUAGAGAACCAUAUACGGUGUCUUCUGAUAUUUACAGUUUUGGUGUAAUCAUGGCUGAAUUAUCAUCUGGGAAGCCACCUUUUCAUGAAAGAAAACACAAUUAUGAUUUAUCAUUAGAAAUAUGUGGUGGACUCAGACCAAAAUUUGGAAAAGGAACUCCUAAAAUUUACAAGAAAUUAGCUAAAAAAUGUAUGGAUGCAAGACCCGAUCAAAGACCAACAGCAAAAGGAUUAUGGAAAAUAUUAAACUUUUGGCAUGAAUGUACUGAAUAUAAUAACUACCAAGAUUGUAAAGGAAAAGAUAUUGAAGAAUUUUUUGAAGAAUUUGAAUUUGGUUUUAAAGGAAAAGAUAUUAAAAAUACGUUAAAAGAUAUUAAAGAUUUGUUUGAAGAAUUUGAUCAUGAAGGAAAAGAGAUUAAAGCUAUGUUUGAUGAAGCUGAUAAAGAAAUACCCAAUAUCUCAACUUCGUAUGAGAAAAACCCUGAUGCUAUUUAUAGUAGUAGAAUAUUAACAUUUAUUAAGCCAAAUGAUGAUGAAAAUGAUGAUAAAGAUUCUAAAAUACUUAACUUGGACAUAAACGCAACUUCAUGUGAGAAAAACCCUGAUGCUACUUAUACUAGUAAAAUAUCAAAACCUAAACCUAUUAGUUCGAAUAUUAUUAAGUCAAAUGAUGAUAAAUUUAAUAACGAAGCUGCUUCUCAAAUAACUGACUUGGACAUAAUCAAAAUACCCAAUAUCUCAAGUUCAUAUGAGAAAAUCCCUGAUGCUACUUGUACUAGUAAAAUAUCAACACUUAGCAAUUUACCUAAACCUAUUAAUUCGAAUAUUAUUGUGUCAAAUGAUGAUGAAAAUAAUGAUGAAGUAAUAGAUUCUCUGGAUUCUGAAAUAUUUAACUUGGACAUAGCGGAUUACAACUUGCCUGAAGGGCUCCCCUGAGGGAACCGCUGGUCCCCCUAACGGCUCCCAGAGGAAGUAGUGGUAAUAUAUUUAUUAUUUAUAUUAUUACAUAUAUUAUCAAAUAUUAAUUUUAUGGUUUUAAUUACCAAAUAAAUUGAGAACUCUUUAGGCUUUUUAUCUAUCCAUAACUUUUUUUAUAUUAUUAA